CCCCCCGCCGGCAGCCAGAGGCGGGCGCGCAGCCCCCGCUCGGCUCAGAGCCGCCGGCAGCCGGCGGUGCUCGGUGCCCGGUGCUCGGUGCCCGGUGCCCGGUGCCCGGUGCUCGGUGCCCGGUGCUCGGUGCCCGGUGGCCGGUGCCCGGUGCUCGGUGCUCGGUGGCCGGUGCCCGGUGCCCGGUGCGCGGUGCCCCCCGAGCGCGGAGCGGGCCGGGGGUGCGGGGGGGCUCCGAGCUCCGAGCCCCGCUGCCGGGCGGAGCGCCCCCACACCCCCCCACCUCGCCUUUCUUCGCGGAGCCGUGCGGAUUUGGGAUCUACCUGCUCGUCUGGGGGCUUUGCUUCCUUCCCCGAUCCUUUUUUUCCCCCUUUUUUUUCCCCCUUUUUUUCCUUCCUUUUUUUCCUUUUUUUUUUUUUCCUUUUUUCUUUUUUUUUUUUUUUUUUUUUUUUCCUUUUUUCCACCGCCCGUGGAGGAGCUCGUGGAUUUACUAACAUGAUCUUGGCAAACGCCUUCUGCAUCGUCCUCUUCGUAGAUGAGACCCUCCGCUCGCUGGCCGCCCCCCCGUCCCCCCCAGGGCAGGACCCGCAGGGCUGGCGGGCGCCCGUGGACUGCGUGCGAGCCAACGAGCUGUGCGCGGCCGAGCCCAGCUGCAGCUCGCGGUACCGCACGCUGCGGCAGUGCCUGGCGGGGCGCGACAGGAACACCAUGCUGGCCAACAAGGAGUGCCAGGCGGCGCUGGAGGUGCUGCAGGAGAGCCCCCUCUACGACUGCCGCUGCAAGCGGGGCAUGAAGAAGGAGCUGCAGUGCCUUCAGAUCUACUGGAGUAUACACCUCGGGCUGACCGAAGGAGAAGAAUUUUAUGAAGCUUCCCCCUACGAGCCGGUCACCUCUCGUCUCUCUGAUAUAUUCAGACUCGCUUCAAUUUUCUCAGGAAUGGACCCGGCCACCAACUCCAAAAGCAACCACUGCCUGGACGCGGCCAAAGCCUGCAACCUAAACGACAACUGCAAGCGCCUGCGCUCGGGCUACAUCUCCACUUGCAGCAAGGAGAUCUCGGCCACCGAACACUGCAGCCGGCGGAAAUGCCACAAAGCCCUGCGCCAGUUCUUCGACCGCGUGCCCAGCGAGUACACCUACCGCCUCCUCUUCUGCUCCUGCAAGGACCAGGCUUGCGCCGAGCGCCGGCGGCAGACCAUCGUCCCCUCCUGCUCCUACGAGGACAAGCACAAGCCCAACUGCCUGGAGCUGCGCAACGUGUGCCGGGCCGACCACCUCUGCCGGUCCCGGCUGGCUGAUUUCCAUGCUAAUUGCCAAGCCUCCUUCCAGUCCCUGACGAGCUGCCCCGGGGACAACUACCAGGCGUGCCUGGGCUCCUACGCAGGGCUCAUCGGCUUCGACAUGACGCCCAACUACGUGGACGCCAGCACCACCAGCAUCACCAUCUCGCCCUGGUGCUCCUGCAAAGGCAGCGGCAACCUGGAGGAAGAGUGCGAGAAGUUCCUCAGGGACUUCACGGAGAACCCCUGCCUCCGAAACGCCAUCCAGGCCUUCGGCAACGGAACCGACGUGAACCUCACCCCCAAGAAGCCCUUGCUCCCCAUCACCGUGCUGCCCAAGACGGAGAAAACCCCGUCCCUGCCCGAUGAGAUCAGCUACAGCAACACCAUGUACGACACGAGCGUCAUCACCACCUGCACCUCCAUCCAGGAGCAUGGACAGAAGCUAAACAAGUCCAAAGAGCAGAGCCUGUGCUACUCAGAGACCCAGCUGACCACGGACACCAUGCCAGACCAGAAGACCUUCGUAGACCCCAAGGCAGGCGGCAGCCGGCACUGGGCGGGCCGGAUCCUGCCCGCCGUGCCCGUCCUCCUCCUGGUGCUGGUGCUAUAGAGGGACGGGGACGCUCGCCCCAGCCUCGGCCACGCCGCCGGUGCUGGCUCGGGAGCAUCGGAAAGCGAAGGCUCACCUCGGGCUCCGGACUGCAACGCUCCCAAACACCGGUGAUGCCACCACGGCACGGCGGUGGAAGGACCCUUGUGGCGCUGGGAAACUUUUGGUGGUUUUCUUCCCCCCGUUGUGUUUUUUUUUUUAUUUUCCUUGCCUUUUUUUUUUUGUUGUUCGUUUUACGGUGCGUUGGGUUUCUCUGCUGAAGCAGGAGCCCGAUGGCUCGUGGCAAAACCCACCCGCGCCCCCCCCCCCCCCCCCCCCCCCCCCCCAAAAUGGGGAGCCAAAGCUGUGAACGGCACCGGGGAGGGAAAACGAGCAUCGAGCAGAGCUCGGGCAAGGGCUGGCUGCAGGAGCCACCAGCCCGGGCACGCUGCAGGGACUCCGUGGGGACAAGGGACGUAUCCUCAUCACCCUGCUCCGGAGGACGACCGUGCUACCGGAGCCUCUCCGUCUCCCUCCGGCCAGGGAACUCGCUCCAGCUCUCUACAUCAUUACUGCCUUUGGUUUUUUUUUUUCUUGUUCUUUUCCCGUUGUCGGUGAGAAUUUUAAACCAGAAAAGAAAUCGGUAUCCAAGCGGUGUGAGGUUGUCCUGAUGCUUUCAGUCUGUCACUUGGAGAGGGAGAUUUUUUUUUUUUUGCAUCUUUUUAUAUUCCAUCCUUCGUCCUGUCGGAUUUGGGUUGGGAUGGGCUCCGACCCCAGCAGCGGUUGGAAACCUCUAUAUGUUACUCAGUUUUCUUUUAUAUAUACAUAUAUAGUGUAUGUAUAUAGUGUUCACCUAUACCUACAUAUAUGUAUGUAUAUACAUAACCAUAUACAUCUACAGUGUGGCUUUUUUAAAUUUCAUUUCCCCUUUAUUUUUAAAAAAAGAAAUGCUCAAGUGGCAACGACUACAAAUGUAUUAUUGUAAAGUUUAUUUUUUUUAAAUGAUGUCUAUAAUGGAGGAAAAAAAAAAAAAAGAAAUAAAUCAAGAACAAAGAACCAAGCAGAAGCAAGAGCCGAGCUCGGAGGGCCGGGGGACGGCCGGUGCUGGAGCUGUGGGGUGCAGGAUGGGGUCCAUGUCCUGCAGAGCACCCCAAAUUCUGCUCACCCUGCUGCUGCAGGAGGGACACCGGGUGGGCUGGGGGAUGCUUGGCUACCAAAACGCGCGGGUUCGGGUCAGUGGAAAUGUUUUGCAAGGCUGCGAACAAUUCCCUGUCUGUUUUGCUCCAGGAGACAAGCAAACAAGCAAACAUUUCAAAGGAGCUGACACGUUCCCAUGUGGCAGGGCCUUUUUUUUUUUAAUGCGAAAUAACUUUGGUUUUGAAAAUAUCA